UGUGAGCAGCUGCCGGGCUCCCGGCCAGGCCCCCCUCCCUCUCCUUGCUGGCUGAUGGAUCCUAAGGGGAUCCUCUCCUUGAGCCUCCUGCUGUUUCUGUCCCUGGCUUUUGAGCUGAGCUAUGGAACAGGUGAGGGCGUGAUGAACUGUCCCAGGAUUCUCCAACAGUUGGGAAGUAACACAAUGCUGCCCCUGACACAUGAACGGAUUGAUAAAAGCAUGAACAAAAGCCUCCACAUCGUUGUCACAAUGGCAAAAUCUCGAGAUAGCAGCGUCAAGAAGAAAAUAGUGUCGCUUCGUCCAUCUGAAGUGGACUCUCUGCAUUACCUAGAGGCUGGCUAUCAGUUUCAUCUGGAAAACCUGAGCCUGGGGAUCCUGAGAAGCAGGAAGGAGAAUGAGGGAUGGUACCUCAUGUCCCUGGAGGAAAAUGUCUCAGUCCAGCACUUUUGUGUGGAGCUUAAGCUUUAUGAAAAGGUCUCCACUCCAGAAAUUAAAGUGAUAAACAGAACCCAGGAAAAUGAGAAUGGGACCUGCAGCUUGUUGCUAGCCUGCACAGUGGAGAAGGGGGACCAUGUGGCUUACACCUGGAAUAAUGAGGCAGGCUCCCCACUGCUAAGCCCAGGCAACAACUCCCACCUCCUACACUUUACCCUUGACCUCCAGCAUGCUGAUGCUAUCUACAUCUGCACUGUGAGCAACCCUAUCAGCAAUGGCUCCCAGGCCUUUAACCCUUGGCACUUGUGCAUACCAGAUUCCUCAGGAUCAAGACAAUGGGGACUAUAUGCUGGGCUAUUCUUAGGAGGCAUCGUGGGUGUCGUCAUGAUUAUCGAAGUGGUAAUACAACUGUUGAGUAGAAGAGGUAAGUCAAACCACUUCCAACCACCAAAGGAAGAAAAAAGUCUUACUAUCUAUGCCCAAGUCCAGAAAUCAGGUCCUGCUCAGAAGGAACCUGAGCCCCUGCCAGAUCAGGAUCCCUGCACAACCAUUUACGUGGCUGCCACAGAGCCUGUCCUAGAGUCUAUCCAG